UCUUUUACGGGAAAGUUAUAAACCUGGAAAAUUUCAAAAUCUAAGAUCUAAAAUAGAUCUAGACUUCUAGAUCUAUUUCCUAAAAUAUUAAAACACUUAAAUCUAGAUCUAAUACUUAGCCUAGUCUAAAAUUAAUUAUGGAUAAUCUGUUUUAUACACUGAAAGAACUUCAGAAGGAAAAAAAUUGUCUUGAACAAAAACUUCAUGUACAAAAAUUAAAUCGACAUACACUUGAGCAAGAGCUUGAAAAGGCCUCAGAAAAGUAUUCUCGGAUGCAGGAAAAGCAUUUUAAACUUGCAGAAACAUUGGCUGUUGCCCAACAAAAAGUGAAUCAAACACAAGGUUUGUCAGUGGGUUUGCAAGAUGAAAUCAAUAGAUACAGACCUAAGCUUGAACAUCUUCAAUUGUCUAUAGAAAAUGAGAAACAGCUGCAGCAGAAACUUAUGGAAAAUUUUGAAACCUCAUUGGAUGAAAUAGCUGGACAACUCUUUGAGGCUAAAAGAUUUUAUAAUAAAGCAACUCUAACCAGUGAAAUAAAUAAAGCAGAAUUGGAGCAAGGAGAACUAGAAACUAAAGAUGCAGAUGGACACAAAAGAAUUCACAUUUUGAAACAAAAUCUGAACAAAAUCCAACUAGAAAAAGAAUCUCAACAGCUGUCUCAUUAUGGAGUUGAGGAGACAUUAAAUUUGUGUUUAAGAGCACUGGAGAGGGACAGAAUAAAUAUGGUAUCUUUUCUUGAAAAGGUCAAGGCAGACCAAAGAGAGAUGCAUAACAUUCUAUGUAAUGCUCAGCUAAGUGACCAUGAGAAAUAGGAUUUAAAAAUUAAACUUGUUAAUGCAAUCAUGUUGUAAAUAUUAAAUUUAUCAUU